CGCGUCACUCCAACUAAUUGAGUUUCAUGUCUCAGUGUUGUUGACAGGAGGGAUGUUGCACAUGGUUCAAUUUUGACUCGCAGACUGCCUCAUACAGCAAACCGGACCGACUUUAGUGAUCCUUCUCUACGUGAUGGACAAAUAGACUUCAUAUUCAUGCUUACUGCUGACCAACAUGAAGCUGUGAUGGGUUUGAUGGAGUUCUUCUCAUGUGUACAAGAUUUUGGCCGAUACCGUACAGACCUUCACGUUUUUAAAGGAAACUGUUUUUAAUGCAACAUGGCCAGUAGUCAGAAUAACUACUGGGGACAACAUGACCUGAACAGAGCGUGUUUUGGCCUCAGUGCUGACAUGGAACACAACCUGACUGAUCUUCAACAACUGCAAACAGCCAAGGAAUUCAACUGCAGCCUCUCCAUCUCUCAGCCUUCUUUCUACAAUGACACUUGCCGCCAAAGGCAUAAUAACACACUGCAUCCCCUUGAAGGAGACCAGGUGGUCCCUUCCUCCAAGAGACGGACAAUGUUAGGGGGUCUCCAGAGAGAAGCCAAACCUCUUCCACCUCUGCCUGACCCUGAGGAGCUCAUGUCUGAUGAGGCUGCUGAUAGUGAGGUGGAGUUUUUUACCAGUGACCGACGGCGUUUGUUACCCAAAAGCUGCCCUAAGGCCAUGUGCAGUAGCACAAACAGAGACUUUGGCCAAGUGAAUUACGCCUACCAGGAGAGAUUGAUGCCUGCUGGUGGUGCUGGUAUUGGCUCCAUGGCUUUCUCUUGGCCAUGCAGAGAGGAGAGACCAACCAGAAGGGGAAGCGGGUCUGGAUCGAACAUCUGGUCCCUGGCUCACCAGAGAGAGGACCAGCCAGAACAAAACCGAUCAUCCAGGCUCCGGUUUUCCUAUUCAGGCUCCGCCUCCCAACCUUUUAACAGCACAACCUGCCUGGCUGAAAAGCCACUAGUUCCCCCCCGUAUCCCCAUCCCACCGAAACCUGCUGCUCUCCUAAAGACUCUGAUUGCCAACGAGGAAGACAAGCCUCCCAAAAUCCCCCCAAGAGUCCCCUUAGUACCCCCUUGCCCUCCACGUACUCCCAGUCCGAAAAGCCUUCCAAUUUAUAUCAAUGGUGUGAUGCCUGCCACACAGAGUUUUGCUGCUAACCCAAAAUAUGUGAGUAAGGCAUUACAGAGACAGCAGAGUGAAAGGGUGCCCCCUGCAGCUCAGUCAACACCCUGCAUUGUUCCCAUUUUGAAGGAUGGCAGACAGGCCAGUGCUACGCACUACAUCCUCCUACCGCCAGGCCUCCAGGCAUUUUCAGAGCGGCGAGAAAGAAUCCUGAGUGAACCGUCCAGAGCAGGAAACAGUGUUUGGCAGAACAGAUAGAAACCCUCGCUUCAUUCCUUCACUAAAACUUAAGUAGAAAACUGUGAGUUCAAUUGACUGUGUGAUUCACUAUUGUAAUGUGUGAAAACAUCCGCAUUCCAUGUCUAAUGUCAUAUUGGUUAUAUUUCCAGGGACUGAUGUAUUUCAGGAUCACUUGUGUUACACAGUAAUGUGAGGUUAUUUCAAACUGAACAUUUACCGCUCAGUAUUUUUUUUGUAUUAUUUAAAUACCACCUGUAAUUCAACCAGAAAAACAUCACGACAGUCCACUAUUUAUGUAAAUGUUGCUUUUAUAUACAGUAUAUUAAUUAUUUUUGUUUUAAUUUGGUUCACUGAGUUAUUGCAGAUUUCUUUCAUGUUGAUGAAAGAAGAUUGAUGUUUCAUCAAUAAUUCUUAGUUCUAAAAGUAAUUUACUCACUGCUUAAAGAUUCUGAGCUAAUUGUAUGUUUCUCAGUAUAAAGCAAAUAAUUACUGUACGGACAAGCUGGGCUUGUACCAAACUGUUGAUCAUGUGUCAUUUUAUGACGAUGCUGCUUGAAAUCUCAAGAAAUUAAAUUUAAAAAAUAAUUUUAGCAUUUGGAGUUAUGUUUAUUAACGCGCAAUGUGGCUGAGGUGAGAGUGGCACACUACCACGACAUGUUAUGAACUACAAUGAAACCUUUAACUUCUAACUCUUCCUCAGUGCUUUCACUGUUUUAUUACAAAGGUACAUCUGACAUGCAGAAUACUCAUUGUUCUCAUUCAGGCAGUGAUUCGUUCAUCUUUUAUGCUUGUGUGCACAACAAGUAAUUUAUUCAGAGAUAAAAAUGUGGGGGCGGAAUAAACAAAUAAGAGCAGCAUCACCACAUAAAUAGAGAGAGCAUGACUGAAACCUGCAGUCAACUUAAAAGUGAAUGGCAGAUCUUGAGUACAAAUGGAGAACAGUGGUCAGGACAUCAUUUGUUUUCAGAUCGAUUUCACAUCAGUAGGUGUUUGCAUACACAGAGAGGCCUUUAUUUUGAAAAACCUUGUGAAAAAUGACUUAAAUUUCAUGAUGUUAGGAGAUAAGGGUGUAUCAAUGGUCAGAAAAAAAGACUUAAGUGUUUCUUUUUGUCCAUCAUGUUAUGUUUACUCUGUUGAAGUGUGGAGCUGCGUUUACAACCAUUGUUACAUCAACAAGUCAGAAGUUCUCAUGAAGGUUCUGUGUCAAAUGUGGCUGCUUUGUAAUAUCAUGUUGUUUGAAUCAACUGAAAUCUUUGUAAAAUUGUUUUUAAUCUAUUUAUAGAAAUAAAUAAAAUAACUUAUUCAUCAUA